CGGUAGGCCGGAUGCGAUUGUAUGUGACCGAUUCAAGGAAAAUAUCUUCGUCGGGCUCCUUGAUAACCUCUCUCAACGUGCGAGGCGGCGUACCCUAAAUCUUAUAUCACUAUUUGUCGCCGUUCUAUUCGUUCGAUCUCCCCUCUCCUUCCUCCGUGCAAGGGAAGCCGAACCCCAAAUUCAUGUCAGGUUCCUACGGCUCAGGCGGACCCGAUGACGCUUCGCAGCCUCCUCGCGGCGGCGGUUACGGACGAGGUCGAGGAGGCGGCGGCGGCGGGUACAAUGGAAGCCAGGGGAAUCGAGGUGGAGGUGGCGGGUACGAUGGAGGUGGAUAUCAAGGUGGAGAUCGUGGAAACCGGGGAGGUGGAGGUGGCCACAGAGGUGGUGGUCGUGGUGGUGGAGUUGGUCGGGAGGGGGAUUGGCGCUGCCCUAACUCAAGUUGCGGAAAUCUGAACUUCGCACGAAGAGUGGAAUGCAACAAAUGUGGAGCUCCGUGUCCUGGCGGCGGCGUUGGUGGUGGUGGACGUGGUGGUGGUUAUGGUGAUAGUAACAGAGGUGAUGGUGGUUAUGGUGACAGUAACAGAGGAGGUGAUGGUGGCAAUGGUUACAAUAGAGGUGGUGGUAAUUAUAAUGAUGGUCGAGGUGGUGGCCGUGACGGUUAUAACAGUCGAGGUGGUGGAUAUUCUGGGGCUCGUGGUGGUCGAAGUGAUUAUGAAGGAAGAAGUGCAGAUUUGGAGGGAAGAGGUGGUGACUAUGGUGGAAGAGGUGGUUCUUUUAAUGACAAUAGUCGAGAAAGGGAGGAUGGUGGUUAUGGUCAAGUUGUGCCACCUCCUUCAGCUGGCUAUGGUGGUCCUGGCGGUGCUGUUGGAAAUUACCCUACUAAUCCUUAUGGUGCAAAUAAUGCUUAUACUAUUGAUUCUGUUACACCUCCUAGCAGUUAUGGUGGCCCCAAUUCCUAUCCUCCUUCGUACGGUGCACCCCCUCCAAAUGCAUAUCCUAAUGAAGGUUCUUUGGGUCGUGGUGGUCCACCAUCUAGCUAUGGCCCUCCAACAUCCGGAUAUGGUGACCGUGGUAACCGUGGUCGUGCUGGUGGUGGUGCUCCUCCUCGCCACGGGGGUGGUGCAUAUGGUGCUGCUCCUACUGAUGCUACUGGUCCGAUCAAACAAUGUGAUGAAAGUUGUGGAGAAUCUUGUGAUAACUCAAGGAUCUAUAUCUCAAACUUGCCUCCUGAUGUGACUACAGAUGAGCUACGUGACCUUUUUGGAGGGAUUGGGCAGGUUGGCAGGAUCAAGCAAAAACGAGGCUACAAAGAUCAGUGGCCUUGGAAUAUAAAGAUAUAUACAGAUGAAUCUGGAAACAACAAAGGAGAUGCUGUACUCUCAUAUGAAGAUCCUGCUGCUGCACAUUCUGCUGGAGGCUUCUAUAAUAACUAUGACAUGAGAGGAUACAAGAUUAAUGUUGGAAUGGCAGAGAAGACUGCACCCAAAGCACCCCCUUCAUAUGGCCAUGGCAGUGGUGGCAGAGGGGGCUAUGGUGGAGGAGAUAGGCGCAGAGACAAUCAUUAUGAUGGUGGCGGACCCGAUAGGCAUCAUUACAGCGGCCAGCGAUCUCGACCAUAUUAGGCUGAGCUAUGUGUAGUACUGAGAAUGUCUACUGAGUUCUCUUUCUAAUGAUAGUCACUUUGUACUCUAAAUCGGACUGUAAGAUGCAUGUGGAAUUAAUCUCCAAACUGCUGCUAGAUAUGAAAAUUACAGUGAUGAGAUUGAGCAUGCAUCAACGUGAAGGUUGUGGACCAAGCUUGUCCUUUGCAUAGAAAGAAUUAAAGACAUUGAUCCCGCUUGGAUUUAUAUGAGCACGUGUCACUAGUGUGUUUUAUUUGCAAUGCCUGAUCUUAUUUUUUUGCUUCAGUAAGUUGACUGUUAGGUUAGUUUUGUUUGGAUAUAUUUGUUUUAAGUUUCUUGACAAGUCUAAGUUGUGUUUUACAGAAAAUUCAUUAAUGCCUGCAUUGAACAUUACUAAUUGCAGCUUUUAUUA